UUGGCUUCAUGAUCGCCCUAGGUGCUUUCACCUUCAUUCGUGUCCUGAGAAACCUGGACAAGCGUGCAAACAAGAUAUCCAAAGAUAUGCAAGCUCUCAGCGCGACAAGCAUCACCCAAGGAAAUCUCAACCACCAACGUCAGUUUGCAGAGUCUGUUUACAAAUUCGUUCACUUCAGAGACCGACUUGGAGAUCUAGCUCCGGAUGAUCGCCCUAUCCAGAGUGCUGGGCAAGAUGACCAAUACAUCAUCUACCACCCGUCCUCUGACUGGCACGCCACUUUCUUCGCAAAGGCCACGGAAGGAUGGAGUCAGGAUUUCUUCGACGAGUGCAAGGAAGAGCUGCUUCUGAAGCGCGUGCGUCUUUUCAACAACCCUGAAGCAUUUGUAGCAUACAUCCGUGACCUCGAUGGACUCGAUACUCGCUCGGCCAUACACAUCCUGUUUCCGUCAACCCACACGUACGACUUCCCUAUUACUCUGCACAUACCUGAGACAGCUCAGCCAGUCAAGAUUGUCGGGCAGACAGAUUGCAGCGGCCAACCGUACUGUCGUGCUUGCAUCAUCGGAGUCGAUUCGUCUGAUGUGGUUGAUGUUGGAUUAUUGCUGGAACACGAGGCCCCUGAUCACAAACCAAGCAGAUCUGUUGAUACCAAAAUCUACCCUGUUCUUUGGCUUAUGAUAGUAGUUCUGUGGCUGGGAGAUAGGCUUGGAGAGUCGAUUGAGGUUGCCCAAGAUAUAACACUUAUCGCGUGGGGUUAUUUGCGCGGAGUUUGCUGAGCAUUGCUGAGCUUUGCAGAGUACAACGAGGACAGCCGAGCACAUGCGUUCAACGCCAGGAGAGGAGCGAGAGGGGUUUCUGCGAAGAAGUGUAUUAUGUA